UCCCCACCGCACUCUGCCAGUCUCUCUCUCUCCCCACCCCUCGCUCCCUCCCUCCCUCCCUCUCUGACUUGACUCGCACGCCAUUGCAAUCAUAUCUCUCCUCGUUUGCACCAGUCUCUGCUCUCUCUCCCUCCCCUCUGUGCAACCUCCAAGCUUGGCCAUGGGAGUUCUGUGCCAUCCGGGCCACCGUCUCUCCGUUGCAUUCAUCCUUCUCUUCUUCGCCGCAGCUGUUGGCAGUGCAUUGGUGGUGGGAGUGGCCCCGGAGGGGGAGGAGGAGGCGAGAGCGAGGCACUAUGUGGAGAAGUGGCCGCACUGGGAGCUACGGCCGGUGCCCCGGCGGCGGCUGGUGGGGCCGGGAUCGUCGCCGCCGACGUGCCGGGGGCGGUGCGGGCGGUGCCUCCCGUGCCAGCCGGUGCACGUGGCGAUCCAGCCGGGGCGGUGCACGCCGUUGGAGUACUACCCGGAGGCCUGGCGAUGCAAGUGUGGGAAUAAGCUCUUCAUGCCCUGAUCCUGACUUCCCUUAGCAUUAACACCUACUAUUCUUGUGAAUCAAUAGAGAUAGAGCUAAAAAGGCAGAAGCUCCUGAAUUCCUUUGAUCUCUUCUUUUGAAAGUAUGUAUCUAUUUUAGUGUUUGUAAGAAUUCUUCUUUUUUUUUUCUUUUUUCUUUUUCCCUUUUUUCUGUUUCCCCCUUGUCUAGGCUGCAGAUGGUGCUAGGUUUGAGGUUGAAAUGGAGAUAAUAUUAGUGCUGUCACUCUCUUUUUUAAUUCUUUUGUGUUUCCCAAGGGACAAGAUGGGUGGAAAUCAUGUGAUUAUUUUAUUUGUUUCCUGUAGGACUUCUGAUGUAGUUUUGAUUGGUUUUUUGACAUGAGCUUUGGGGUACUGAAAAGGCUGAAGUCCAGCUUUAAGAGAAAGUAUGGAACUCAUAGUAUAUAUCUUUUUUUUUUUUGGUAGGAAUAUAGUAUAUAUCUUUUUAAUGGAAAGAAAUUUAAAGGAAAAAAUGUUAAGCUACCUCACUAGGCUCUAAACUGCCACAUGAAAUUAAUUAAGCCUAAUUCACAGGUCAACUUCCCAUAUGAAACCUUGUUUAUGAUCAGUCCAAAGUCCAAAUCUUAACAUUUUUAUUAUAGGACAUUGCUUGAUUUGCCUCUCAAUGUAUUGAUCUGAUCCAUUUGUGUUAUUGCUCAGUGAUUGCACCUCUUAACCAUAUGCAUGGAGAUUCAUGCUCAGAUCACUGAUUUCUGUUGCAAAAAAUGUUGAUUCAUUAACAAAUUGUUCGAAAUACUCGCUGAUUGACUAAAAUUUCUAUGAACUAAUGUUUGCCACAGGCUUGCUUCCCACAACUAAAAGAAAAUGUUGUUGCCUUCCCACAACUUAAAGAAAAUGUUGUCGCCUUGUUCUAUCACAUCUAUUUAUAGAUUUUUAUAUUUGUAUUCCGCCUAAUAAUUGUGGCAUAAAAUCCUAUCUUAGUAUGCCAGCCUUUGGGGUCCUCGCAAAAGAUUUUGUUCACUUUAUUCUCCCCUUUACCAAAUGUACUCGUUUCUUACGAUUUCCUACUCUUAGCAUCCCUUGUUUUGUCAGAAAAAGUUUGGUCCAAACAUGACUGCUUCAUGAAGACCUAUUCCUUGCUUCUUAUUUUGAGUUUAUACUU